AUUAUAUACUACAUUAUGUACUAUUUGUUUAACCACACAGAACCAUACAGCCCUUCACUUUGCGCAUGUACGGCUCACACUCCACAUUACAUCCACACCAAGAUGGCGUUAACGCGGCUGGCUUGUCUUCUGGCUCUCCUCACUGUACAAUGCUAUGUCAGCAUCUUGGCAGUGAUACUGAAAACUGCAAAUCCUUCACCAUGGGCCAAUGAGUUUGACUCAAUUGAACUAUCCUGUCUGAUACAGUCUAUCUCCACAACCGGUCCCAGGAUUGAAUGGAAGAAGAUUAAGAAUGCGAAAACAAGUUAUGUCUAUUUUGAAAACAAAAUAUCAGGUGACUUGGAAAACAGAGCAAAGAUUCGAGAGCCUGCAACUUUAGUCAUUCUUAAUGCAACAAGAUUAGACACUGCAUUGUACCGCUGUGAAGUCACAGCCCCUGAAGACUCGAAAAACUUUGAUGAGAUUGUGAUUAACCUCACCAUCAGAGUAAAGCCAGUGACUCCUCGGUGCUCCGUGCCUACGUCUGUGCCGGUGGGGAAGUCAGCCGAGCUGACGUGUGUGGAGAACGAGGGCUCCCCCAAGUCCCGCUACCAGUGGUUCCGCAACAAAGAGGAGAUCCCCAUGGACCCCAAGAGCAGCCCUAAGUUCUUCAACUCAUCCUACAUGCUGAACGGCGAAACGGGCGUGCUGAAAUUCAGUGCAGUGAGGAAAGAGGACUCCGGGCAGUACUACUGCAGAGCCAAGAAUGAGGCAGGAGUCGCCGAGUGCCACCCACAGAUGAUGGAAGUCUAUGACCUGAACGUUGUUGGCAUCGUUCUGGGUGUGCUGGUGGUAGUGGUGGUGCUGUUGUGCAUAAUAGUGGGCAUCUGCUGCGCAUACAGGAGAGGUUUCUUUGCCAGCGAGAAGCAGACGGGAAGCAAUUACAAAGCACCAGGAAAGGCUGAUGGAGUGGAUUACAUCCGAACAGAUGAUGAGGGCGAUUUCAAGCACAAAUCAUCCUUCGUCAUCUAAAAGCAGGGAGAGCCGACGAGACACCCUGAAACACAUUGGAGUCAUUAGCGCAAUACCUUGCAGAUAAUGAGGGACAACCGCACACACACACUGAGGAAAAAGACUCCUAGCUGUGCCAGGACAUGGUUUACAUCACAGCACAUUUGCUACAACACAAUUCAUAUUUGCCAAAGCGGACAGAAAGUCCCAUUUCCGCAUAGAAGCAUUGAUCUCCAUAAGACCACUGAUGUUUUUUCUCUUUAAACCAACUUUUUUGACCCAUUUCUUCACUUUGCUUUCUUUUUAGCCACAGCUUCAGCAGAAUUGUGUAAACGUUUUGCUUUAAAUUGCUUGUCGUUUAUAUAACUUUUGUUUUGUACCAGCUAAAUGUGUCAGAAUAUUUUUUGAUAGAAUAUAUUUUGAAAUGCUUAGAGGUUUACUUUUUUAAAAAAAAAUAUUUGUAAAUUACUAACAUGGAAGCCAGUACAUUUUAUAGACCAAUCUGGUGUUUGAAAGAAGCUAAUCAUUUUGACCAGUCUGUAGUUUUCCUUAAAUAAAUUAUCUCUAAAUUUCUGACAUCUGUUGAUGAUCUCAUUUGAGUUUGAAAUCAGGGCCGGAUUUAGGAGGGUGCUGGGUUGGGCUAUUUUUAAAAUCAUUUUUUAAGAUCCUACUAUAAAAUACAUUAUACAUUAUAUUAAUUAAAUACAUAAUACAUUAAUUAAAUCACAUGUGUCAAACUCAAGGCCCGUGGGACAAAUGUGGCCUGCUGCCUCAUUUCAUUCGGCCCAGGCAAACUUGGAAAAAAAAAAGUCAGCCAGCAGUAUCUACUACUUAACCUUUUUAUUUUUAACUGGGUUUUUAGCUAUUUUUAACUUUUAUUUUUUAUUUUUUAACAAAAAAUAAAAUGAUGAUUGUUUCCGUGAUCAUUUUUAAGGCACAAUCUACCGUCAAACAAUCUUGCCAUAUUAAUAACAUUGCCAUAAAAUACCUUUAUGACCGUUCCACUGAAAAAAAAGCAUGUUAAUAAUAGAGGAGAAUUACACCUUACAUCUUAUAAAUCCUGAUGGACUUUUCUUUUCCUCUUACUGCAGUAAACCUCCUGCAGGUUACUUCACUGGCUCCACCUCCAUAUCUCUGUGCUUAUUGUGUAAUUAUUAAAAAUUAAUUAAUUAUCGGCCAUCAUGACUGUAGAAGACGCCCACCAUUUUGACUGCACCCCAAUCAAGACCGGCCUUGUUUGAAAUUCAGCGUCAUAUCCAAUGAUAACAUUUUCAAAGGUCUUACCUACUUAGUUUACCAUUGCAAGCUAAAUAGUUUUAGCGUAGGGUUCCAUGUUAGUUUUUGUAGAUAGUCUUAGACAGUAAGAAUUUUUUUUUUUAAUCCAGCAGAAAACACUGUAAACAGCCCGAGCUGCGUAUUCUUGAGUUUAAGUGUCCUUGUUGAUCAUGUACAUAGUGAAUAUACUGUCCAGGUAGUGUGUGUUUUUUUCUUUUCUUGGUCUUUUACUUCUUGAGAAGUAGUUUCAAUAUUUUUUUUUUAAUAAAACAGGGUUUUUGUGUUUGGCUAACAAAAAGCUGCGAUGGUUGGAUGGUGACUCAUUUGUACCUUCCCUCUUGUGGGAAUAAAAAUAAAUUUAGUUCAAUUUUAGAUAUGAGAUGUCCAUGAAGAGGCAAAUAUGACACUCUUUUCACAAUUUCAGGUGAACUAAUCAUGUGAGAGAGAGGAUCUGCCUUACAGGCUGCAUUUGAUUCCUGUAUCAGAAUGAUCUACAAUUCACACAAAAUAUCAGAUACAAUUUAUGAUUUUCGAAGUACAAUCACCGCGAAUACAACCACGUGUAGUUCGUAAAUAAUUUUCGUUUUGUUUUGUUUUUUCCAUAUUUGAGUUGAUUACUUACUCUAAGAAACAUUGAUCAUUCCUCUUGAGUGCCUUUCAGUGUGGUCGUAUGAUAAAGAUAAUGUUUAUUGUGUUCUAUAUAAAUAGUGACUUGUUAUAUACUGUGACGUCUAAUUGGACACAUCACUGUUCAACCUGACUGAUUUUCUAAUAAAUUUUAUAACAUUUGUAUAAAUCACAGCAGGUGUUUGAGAGGAAUGAUAGGUUAUUCUGAUAUACAGCACAUAUCCAACUCUGGUUUUUUGUAAAUAGAAUUUAAUUUUGUUGUGCGCUGAUUUAAUGACUACCUUUUUUUUUUUUUUUGUCAAUGAUGUAGAAAUAGAGUUUGGAUAUUGUAUUAGUGCCUAAAUAUAGAGUGAAGUGGUGUUCCAAGAAGACACAAUUAUUUCACAUAACCAUUUGAUAAUGGCAGUGUAAAAACUUGUAUUACAUUAUAAAGGUGUUUAAUGGAGUGUUGAGAUAAACAGGAAUUGAGCGAGGUGAGAUUAUGUUUAUAUGGAGUACAAAGCUUUACCAAAUACUGACUGAAUAAAGGACCUUUUCUCCUCUUUCUGUAAUUUCCUGCACCGAGGUCUUGAUGAAGGAGGUUUAAUUGUCUGGUGAGGAUACAUUUACAUAUUGUGCUCUUUUCAGUCCUGAAACAAAAUUUUCACCUUGCAUUGAUUUUAGGCUGGUACAAAUCCUGUGUGAAUUCUUGAACAGUAGUUUAUGUUUGUGAUUAAUAAAACUUACUUCUUAA